UCCGUAAUACAUACAUGUAUAUAUGUAUGUAUGUAUGUAUGUACAUGGGACGGCACCCUGACGUAAACCGUAGAUUUUUAGUGCUGGCAGUGAAUUUUGGAACACAGCCAAAAUAAGAAAAUCGUGAAAAACACAUGCGUCUCGCAUAGAGAGAAAUUUAGCCUAAAACAUUUUAUAUCGAUGCAACUUUAGUCAAUUAUUGACAUGAUUUAAAAAAUGCAUCCAGUGAUAUCUACUUUAAAUGAGAAAAAAGAGGAGGGGAUAGUUAAAUGGGAGAAAGUACAACAGAAGUCUAAGGUCCCAAGAGAACAUGAAGCUGAGGAACGUGCUCAAAUGUGGAAAAAGUAUUUGAUGCACGAAAUCGAGCUCGGUACUUUAAAUACAAAACGUUACCGGACAUUAUGGCGAGAGAUGAUGAUGAGAAUCAAAAUGCCGCAAAUCGCCGAAGAUGUGAAGAUUGCGUGGCAUAAUUUCGAUCGAGCUCUCGAUAUUAAAGACUACAGAAUAAGCUUUUUAAUGGAUGAAUUGACCGAAGCCGAAGAACAAUAUCAGAGAACUACAAAAUCAUAUACUGAAAUUAUAGAUCGAUUUUUAAUAUCGUAUAGAGAAAGAAUACAGAGCAAAGAAAGAAGUUAUCGAAGGACCUUAGACGAAAUACUUAUUCAGACGGACAUAGGAGUUGGCAAAAUUUAUUAUCAGCAAAACGAAGUCUUGUUACAAUCAAUCACUCACGGCAUUCACAAACAAUUAGAAGAAUUAUCGAACAAUGUUAAAAGCAUCGCCUUAAGUAAGAUUGAUGCAUUCGUGGAAGACAGUAAGGAUACACGCAGAAUUUCUGUGACACAACUUGAAAAUCAGUUACAAAAAUCCUGGGAAAAUCUUCGACGAAUUCUGUCGGAUUAUCAAAAUAAAACAAAGAAUCGCAGAAAAUCUUACGGGAUGCUUAAAAGUAAGGACGAGAAAGACCAACAAGUAAUAGCACAACAGUUAUUACAUACAGCGAGUCUUUUCGAGGAUAUACGAAAGUUCCAAGGUAAAAUAACGACAUAUGAUUCCAUGGCCAAGAAAAAAAUUUCUAAAAUUCUGACGGAACAAGACUUCUUCCAGAAAGCUUCCUGUAUUAUAAAAAAUCGUCUUCUCUCAGAACAGACGAAAGAUAAGAAUCAAUUGAAGAUAUUGUCGAUCAAAUAUAACAGGAUGAUAAAACAUGUAGAAUUUCUUGUAAUUAAAGGCAAACGAUUGCUUACGCUGAUGCAAAUCUGUCGUAAAUAUGAAAUACAAAACGAGAAAAUAAUUCCGUUUGUUAAUCAUACGGAAAGCUCACAAAUGCUCUCGUCAUAUCAAAUCAUUGCCCUAUCAGACUGGAAUGUGUCCCGUCAGAUUAUAGAUUUUCAAGAUAUGACAAAUUUUUGGCGGAAAUUUAGUGUUGUGCAAAUGACUACCAUGCAAUUGCGAUCGAAGAGGGAUAAAUUGAAGGCUGAGGCGAGACAUUUGCGCGAACGUAUCAGUUUUUACAUUAUGCAGAAAGAGAGAGAGAGUAAGUGAAAAGAAUAAAAAAAAGGUAUAAAUAAUUUAAUAACUGCUUCAAUAACAAAUGAAUUAUGCCACAAUUUGUUUUAAUAUAGGUACUGAUUCGUAACCUAUUUUACAUUAUGUUGAAUAAUCAACAAUCAUGCUGGUAUUUUUUAUUAUAUUUAAAAUUUUACACGACUAGAAAGAAACAUUAUUUGUUCUAGAUACAAACGCAAGAUUUUAGCAUUUUUUAGUUUACUUACUCUUAUCGGUAUUAUACAUGAUGAAGUUUCAUUACUAGUUUGUAUAAAAUGUAACACUAUACCAAUAAAAAUAAUUUAACGCUAAUAUCAA